CGUCGAUGGCUACAAGGCCAGUCGACUGCGUUUCCCCCGCCUAUCGAUCCGGAUACACCACCACUCGACGCAGAAAAAGCCGAGGACCGCCAUAGCCAUAGAACUCGAACCAGGGGGAGGGCACCGCGGUCAUCCCCUCCACUCGACGCUCGUCGGCCACCUCGGGCGAAGCCAUGCGCCCCCACCAAGCAUCCAAGACAGAGUGUUGUCGCUGUCGGUCAGAGACGACGAAGGGACUCAGCUGUGAGCGGAAGAUUGGGCGCCGCCGCGGGACCCCGCCUAGGUUGCCGUUCGGGCCUCGGAUCUGGGCCUGGGAGCUUCACCCUGCGGUGCGUGACUCAGCCGUGGCCUCGUUGUGGGUAGAGCUCUUGGAAUUGCUCACCAUGGAUACGUCGUCGCCGCGGAUCCACCUGUUGCCGCGGCCCUGCUUCUCUGCUGCCCCAUUACUGGGGUGCAAACCAUCCGCGAGUUUCUAAAAAAACAAUAAUUCGAUAACGGAUGGACAUUUUCCAAGAUCUCACGUCCCGUGCUACAUUCCAAUUUCCAAGCCAGGAGGCAGCUGCAUAGCCUUGGAGACGGUCUGUUUCGGCCUGUUUCGGUGCCUUGGAGACGGCCUCCUUCAGAUGACACCUUUAUGCGGGCUUUCCAAGUCCGCUAUGUCCCGGUCGUUUCCGUUGCAAAAUAGCUAUAAUUAGAGGCACAUAUAUACCCCAACCUGCUUGUUUAUUAUUGGUAAUCUUAUUGUUAUAUAUACAGUUUGAGGACAGAGAAAUCCCAUCUUCUUACGAUCUGGAUCAAAAAAACUACUAUGCAUAACCUGCCAUCCAAUAUAUAUGUAACGACACUGUGUGUGACUCUCUUUUUUC